UUCACACAGACACCCCACCCUGCUGUGCCUGCAGCUGGUUAAACCCUGCUGUUAGGCCUCUUCCUGUGAGGAGCUAAGCUCAGCUCAGUCAUGAAGCGGCAGUUGGAGCUAGCGGCAUUGGGCCUGGGCAUUACAGGCUGGCUGUGCGCCAUCCUCACCCGCUGCCUGCCCCUGUGGAAAGUCAGCGGCACUCUGGACAACUCCACAGCCACGCUGCCAGCAUACUGGGAUGGGGUGUGGCUGGAAUGGGACCACUGGGACCUGAACCAUGACGGUAGCCUCCACUGCUCCUUCUACCAGUCUUUGUUAUCCCUCUCUGGAAACUUCCAAACAUGGAGAAGCUUGAUCAUGGCUUCUAUAGGUGCUGGAGCUUUUGCUGUGGUCAUCAGUAUUAUUGGAGAGGUGUGGUUUCCGAAGAGGAAUCAGGUGAAAGUUGUCUCUGGUGUGGUGUUUGUGUUGUCUGGAAUACUGCUGCUUGUCCCUGUUGCUUGGACCUGCCACCACACUAAUGAGCCACUGGAGGGCGCUGUGGUGCUGAGGAGAGACUGGGGAGCUGCUCUGUACAUAGGAUGGAUCUCCUUCUCUCUGACGGUAGUAGGGGGAGGGUUUCUCAGUACUAGAUGCCUCAUGUUCCAGCAGCAGGAUGAGUCAGAAAGAGGGAGUUACCCUCCAGGUUAUCCUGGAGCAGAGCAGGAGCCAGCCAACCCCCUGGAUACUAUCCACAGGACUGCUUUUAGACACAGCCAGUAUGCUCGGGCAACAACACGGCCUUCAUGAGAAGAUGCAAUCACUCUGAGGGCCUUGAAUGAGGAACCUUCCACCUAUGAAUUAUUCUUCUGUGAAAUUCUACCUAAAUUGCAUGUGUACUAGUUAUGAAUGGAUUUCUAGGUACUAUAGACAAUGUUAGAACUAAUUAUUCUACUGCAAUGAAGCACUUUGAAAGAUGUUGAACAAUUUUUAAUAGGCGGAAAGGAGUAGCACUACCCAUGGAGAGUGAAUUGCGCUUUCAACUGUAAUAAUUGGGUCUAAAAUGUUGUCAAGUUGCGUAAUUUUUGUAUUGGUGGUAAGGGUUAAGCAUCUAAGUGUUACAUUGCCUUCAGAAAGUAUUCACACCCCUUGACUUUUUUCCCCAUUUUGUUGUGUUACAGCCUGAAUUAAACAAUUAUUACAUUUA